CAGACUAGUGUGUGAUGUUGGACAUGGGAGAUAGGAAGGAAGUGAAAAUGCUGCCGAAAUCCUCCUUUAGCAUAAACAGCCUGGUGCCCGAAGCCGUCCAGAGCGACAACAACCACAGCAGCCACAGCCACCACAACAGCCACCACCCCCAUCACCACCAUCACCACCAUCACCACCACCACCACCCGCCGCCGCAGCAGCCCCAGCGAGCGGCCGCAGCCGAGGAGGAGGACGAGGAGAAGGGGCAGCACCUCCUGCCGCCCCCCACCGCCGCCGCCUCCGGCGCCCUGGAGGUGGCCAAGGCGGACAUGCUGGCGGGCAAAGGCGAAGCGGGCGCGGCGGCGGCGGCGGCGGCGGAGCUGGAGGAGAAGGAGAAAGCGGCAGAGGAGAAGAAGGGGGCGGCGGAGGGGGCCAAGGACGGGGAGAGCGGGAAGGAGGGGGAGAAGAAGAACGGCAAGUACGAGAAGCCGCCGUUCAGCUACAACGCGCUCAUCAUGAUGGCCAUCCGGCAGAGCCCCGAGAAGCGCCUCACGCUCAAUGGCAUCUACGAGUUCAUCAUGAAGAACUUCCCCUACUACCGGGAGAACAAGCAGGGCUGGCAGAACUCCAUUCGACACAACCUCUCGCUCAAUAAGUGCUUCGUCAAGGUGCCCCGCCACUACGACGACCCGGGCAAAGGGAACUACUGGAUGCUGGACCCCUCCAGCGACGACGUCUUCAUCGGGGGCACCACCGGCAAGCUCCGCCGGCGCUCCACCACCUCUCGGGCCAAGCUGGCCUUCAAGCGGGGCGCUCGGCUCACCUCUACCGGACUGACAUUCAUGGAUAGGGCAGGAUCCUUGUACUGGCCUAUGUCCCCCUUCCUCUCCCUGCACCACCCCCGGGCCAGCAGCACUUUGAGUUACAAUGGGACCACGUCCGCCUACCCCAGCCACCCCAUGCCCUACAGCUCAGUGUUGACUCAAAACUCCUUGGGAAACAACCACUCCUUUUCCACGUCUAAUGGGUUAAGUGUUGAUAGACUAGUCAAUGGAGAGAUACCUUAUGCCACUCAUCACCUCACAGCAGCAGCUCUGGCCGCCUCAGUGCCGUGUGGCUUGUCAGUUCCCUGCUCCGGCACCUAUUCCCUAAAUCCCUGCUCUGUAAAUCUCCUAGCAGGACAGACGAGUUACUUUUUCCCCCAUGUUCCUCACCCUUCAAUGACUUCUCAAAGCAGCACUUCAAUGACGGCCAGGGCAGCCUCCUCCUCCACGUCGCCACAGGCGCCCUCCACUCUCCCCUGUGAGUCCUUAAGACCUUCUUUGCCAAGUUUUACAACGGGACUUUCCGGAGGACUUUCUGAUUAUUUCACACAUCAAAAUCAGGGGUCUUCUUCAAACCCUUUAAUACAUUAACAUCCAUGGGAUCAGACUGUAAGUGAACAUUUUACACACAUUUGCAUUGUAAAUGAUAAUUAAAAGGAAAAAAAAAGCAAAACAAAAAAGUCCAGGUAUUUUUUAUUAAGUCCCCCAUUUUCUGUACGUUUGUUCAGUCUUUAGGGUUGUUUAUUAUUCCACCAAGGUGAGGAGUGUCAGCAAGGUGCAAUGUGGGGAGAUUGCAUUGUAGACUAUGAAGGUUGGAAGACAAAAUUAUAGUAGAAUGUGUAUCUAAAUAGUGACUGCUUUUGCAAUUUUUUACUCAAAUAUGAUAAGUCUAUCACUAAAAGCCACCCGAUUCUCCAUGUUUGCAGUAUUAUAAGUUAUCAUGGAUAUGUCGGUGGGUGCAGACCUUGAAAGAAAAAAAAAACCAAACCAAACCAAACCACUAAAUUUAUGAAAACUAUAAGAAAACCUUAAAACAUAAUUUGUAUUUAAGCAGAAUUAAUACUGAAAAAUGCCCAAGAUCUACUUUUGGCCAUUUAUUAUUUUAUUAUUUUCUUUACC